UCCACAGUUAAGUGUGUGACCGGAGCUCCGUGUGUCGGACUGCGCUAAACGAGAAACACAGCCAUGGCUGAAAACGCCGGCUUGGAAAAUCACCGAAUUAAGAGCUUUAAAAACAAGGGCCGGGAUGUCGAGACUAUGCGAAGACAUCGUAAUGAAGUAACAGUUGAACUGAGAAAGAACAAAAGAGACGAGCACCUUUUGAAAAAGCGCAACGUUCCACAAGACGAAAGUCUCGAGGACUCGGACGUAGAUGCCGACUUCAAGGGGCAAAAUGUAACACUAGAUGCCAUCCUACAGAAUGCCACCAGCGACAAUGCAGUAGUACAGCUCAGUGCUGUACAAGCAGCCAGAAAACUACUCUCCAGUGACAGAAACCCUCCCAUUGAUGACCUGAUAAAAUCUGGUAUCCUCCCCAUCCUGGUCAAAUGCCUGGAGAGAGAUGACAAUCCUUCGUUGCAGUUUGAGGCUGCAUGGGCUUUGACUAACAUUGCUUCAGGGACGUCAGCCCAGACGCAGGCAGUGGUCAAAUCCAAUGCUGUUCCCUUGUUUCUGCGACUGCUCCAUUCCCAUCACCAGAACGUGUGCGAGCAGGCCGUGUGGGCACUGGGCAACAUCAUCGGUGAUGGGCCACAGUGUCGAGACUACGUCAUUUCACUUGGAGUGGUCAAACCCCUCUUGUCAUUCAUCAAUCCUUCCAUACCCAUCACCUUUCUGCGUAAUGUCACCUGGGUCAUCGUCAACCUGUGCAGAAACAAAGACCCUCCUCCACCCAUGGAAACAGUACAAGAGAUUCUCCCUGCGUUAUGUGUACUCAUAUACCACACAGACAUAAAUAUUCUUGUAGAUACAGUGUGGGCUUUAUCAUACCUAACAGACGGAGGGAAUGAGCAGAUCCAGAUGGUUAUAGACUCAGGUGUUGUCCCUUUCCUUGUCCCGCUGCUUAGCCACCAAGAAGUCAAAGUUCAGACGGCUGCACUGAGAGCAGUGGGUAACAUUGUGACUGGGACAGACGAACAGACUCAGGUGGUACUAAACUGUGAUGUGCUCUCUCACUUCGCCAAUCUACUCACACACCCCAAAGAAAAGAUCAACAAGGAGGCAGUUUGGUUUUUGUCCAACAUCACAGCGGGAAAUCAGCAGCAGGUGCAGGCUGUGAUCGAUGCAGGACUUAUCCCAAUGAUCAUACACCAGCUGGCCAAGGGUGAUUUUGGCACACAGAAAGAGGCUGCAUGGGCCAUCAGCAAUUUAACAAUAAGUGGGAGAAAAGAUCAGGUGGAGUAUCUGGUGCAGCAGAAUGUGAUUCCACCCUUCUGUAACCUGCUGUCAGUGAAGGACUCCCAGGUGGUGCAGGUGGUUUUAGAUGGUCUGAAGAACAUCCUAAUUAUGGCUGGUGAUGAGGCCAGCACCAUUGCUGAGAUCAUCGAGGAGUGUGGAGGACUGGAGAAAAUUGAAAACCUGCAACAUCAUGAAAAUGAGGAUAUCUACAAACUAGCGUUUGAAAUCAUUGAUCAGUACUUUUCGGGUGAUGACAUUGACGAGGAUCCAAGUCUCCUCCCUGAUUCCACGCAAGGAGACACGUUUAACUUUGACCCAGCCUCCAACCUUCAAACCAAGGAGUUCAAGUUCUAAAUGAGCCAAAUUUCGAACUUCAAUUUGGUGGGAUUCCCUGCUGCUCUCCUCCCCGCUGGCCCUCACCACCACCAUCCACCCAUCACUGUUCAAUCCUCUAACGUGACAAAGCUACCAUACAAAAAGCAUACAAACAGCAUACAGACCUACAACCUAGCACUGAAGGAUCAGCCUAAGCUGGACUAAAGUCUACACAUUUCAGAAGAGGAGUCAUACUGCAGUUGCCAAAUAUUGAAAAAGAAUUGCUCUGUUGCUCACUCGCACAUAAACAGAUUUGAGUCAUACGUGUGCAUCGACAUUUCUAAAAACUUUUAACCUUCCACCAGCCAUCAUAUGAGCCGAUAAGAAAAACUAGCAGGAAUGGACGAUUUAGGGUUUUUGAAGACAGGGAUUUUUUUGUUGUUGAUGUAUUUCUUUACAGCAAGUUUCUUUCAUAAACACUGAUGUUGAUUCCACAGCCAUUUAGACAGAUGCCCCCUGACAUCCGGCCUCUCCUCUGCUAAGCCAUGUGGAACACACUUCUCUACUCUAAAGGACUAUUUUGUGCAGAAGUGUUCAGCCAGAACCAGUUUUUUGUUGAUUUGUUUUUUUUAAAUCAUGAAACUCCAAAAAUAUAAUGAACAAACAGGAGCAAAUCACACCAAUUAACCAAAUGCACACAAACUCCCAUUUACCUGAGCCUAAUUUUUAACACCACCAACCUUUGUGUUACUGACAUGUCAACACAAGACAGUACGAUGUCCAUCCAGUAAGACUUUGACGGACAGUGGCAUCCUUCAGAAGUGUUUCUGGACUCAGACAGACGGAGAAGGCACUGGAUUUUUCAGUAUUGCACUUUCUGAAGAGAAAACUCUUUCAUUCUGGAGUCAUCCAUUAUUUUAAGACCUCGAAACUAUAGAAAAUGUUUAUCAUACAUGGACAAGGCCAUGCUAUUCCUCACCGAUCCCUAUGGAGAAGUUAUUUUCUCCAGCAUAAAAAAGUAGGUGUAAAUCGUCAGCAGAAAGAGAAACUCUGCUGAAAUGAUUGAACUGUGAUUUUUGUUUUCUGUGAUUGGUGGAGCUUCCACAUCUGCAGCUUUGAUUCAGUCUUAUAUGCACACCUUGGAAUAUAUGAAUAUAUAUAUAUAUAUAUAUAUAUAUAUAUAUAUAUAUAUAUAUAUAUAUAUAUAUACAUACAUAUAUACAUAUACACACACACACACACAUUUUUUGCUAAAUGUAAGUGGAAAGCGGCAUUCGCUGUAUGUAUACACAAGCAAUGGGAUAUGCAGGUCCAUGGCAAUGCUCUUUCUGUUUAGUUUUAUUUGCUACAAAAUGUUACUGUACGAACUAAAAAGUAUCUUUUCUUAUUCUGGUGUAAAGUAUAAACUGAAAAGCUGCCACUCAUGCAACAUGUUUGUCGGACUUCUGAGAACAAUAACAUUGUGUUACUGAUUCAGAAUGAAUUGGGGACUUUUUGUUUUAUCGUUCACUUUUCAAGAGCAAAGAAUUUGUUGGAAAUGGGCUUUCUUACUGUUGUGACUGGAUGUCUUUUUUUCCCCUCUGCAGUUAUUUGUGAAAGAACUUGUAGAAAAACACAUUUGGACUAAUGUAAUCUUUUGGCUGCAGACUACUGAUGAUGAGGAUUCGAGGAACAACAGCAGCCCUGUUUUUUGAAAUUGAAAUUAAUUUACUAUUGAACAAAUACCUGCACGGGUGUGCAGUUCAUGAACUUAUGUAGACACCUAGGAAAUCCGAGCCACUUUAAAGAAUUAAAUUUUUGGUCUUGUAUGUGUAAUAAAUACAAGCUUAUCUGUGGUUGCAAGAUUUUUACUUGCGCAAGAAAAAAAAAACAAUAAAAAAUUGCGUCAGAUCGCAUUUUGGCCUUCGAUUGUUUGUAUCUUUUUAUAAAUUUUAGCAUUGAAUUACUCUUUAAGGUGGCUCAUCUGUAUUUUUUCAACUCUUGUGCAUAUUAAAGAUAAAGAACGAGUUGAAUUCAUUGUGCCUUUUUUCAUUUCCAAAAGACUAAAAGCAGUUGGUGCUUAGCAGUGAAAGUCUUUUUAAAGGGUUUGUCAGGUGUCUCUUUCUCUGGAGUAUUUCAGUUCUGUUUUUUUCUUUGAGCAGUUUUACAGUGAGGCUUCCUGCUGUGCUCUGGACUAUACAGUAAUGAUUUUACUUCUUCUCUGGUUCUUCUGGCUGACUUGUAAUUGAUCCUUUUCAUUCUCCCUUAUUCACAUUUCCCCCGAUGCACUAUAAUUACCCACAAUUCCACUGCUCUCCAACUCACAUUCUUACCCCUUUUACAAGUCAUUACAACUUUCUUCACUCCCUCAGGACAUGCUUUAUGUAUCUGUUAUUCUAACCAAAAUAAACUCGCUGUUAGCCAUCUUC